CACCUUUUAAUAACUUUGGAUCUAAAUAGUGAUAAUCAUCAGUUUCUCCACCAGUCCUACAUUCCAUAAGCUGCUCAACAAUUCUAGUAACCGGCUUUCUAUUGCACUUUGUCUCAAGCGAAACUCAAGAAGAUCCCGAAGCUCGAUUUUUUUUGUCACCAUUUAGUUCAAAGUGCUUUACAGUUAAAAACGAAUGUCCAAAUGAAAAUAUCACACUAUAUUUAUAUAGAGAAGAUAUUCAAGAUUCUCCAUAUAUACUUGACAUCAAUUCCAUAAAAGAUGCACCGAUAGAUAAAAAUCUUCCAAUAAAAGUGUUGAUUCAUGGUUACACUGGACAUCGUGACUAUUCUCCAAAUACGGAAAUUAGACCAGCUUAUUUUUCUGUUGGUGAUAUGAAUAUCAUUAGUUUGGAUUAUCAUCCACUUGUGGAAGAAGGAUGUUAUCUUCAAGCUGUCGUAAAUUUAGAGACAGUUGGACAUUGCAUUGCUGAUGUUUUGGAAGCUGGAAUUGCUGCUGGAAAAAUAGAAUUAAGUCAAUUACAUAUUAUCGGAUUUUCAUUAGGCGCUCAUGUGGCAGGGUUUAUUCAAAAGUAUAUGAAGUCUGGAAAACUUCCAAGAGUAACAGGAUUAGAUCCAGCUUUACCAUUGUUCUAUCUUAAAGAAAAUGGUCGAGAACUUAGCAAGGACGAUGCUGAGUUUGUCGAUAGCAUUCACACAAAUACGGGAUUAGCAGGAAAAAUUUUACCAGUUGGAGAUAUAGAUUUUUAUUGCAAUGGUGGAGUUAUUCAGCCUGGAUGUCUAAUAUCUAAUUACUCCAGUCUAAUAAGUUGCGACCACAACCGUGCUCCCUUGUAUUACGCUGAAUCAAUUUACUCAAAGGUUGGUUUUUACGGCAUCGAAUGCUCGGACUACGUGUCGUUUAGGAAAGGUCGCUGCGACAAAAACGAUGUGGUCAUCAUGGGAGAAUAUACACCAUCUGAUGCUCGAGGUAUAUAUUAUGUAGAAACCAGUGACCAAAAACCAUUUGCUCUGGGAAAACCAAAAAACAGCAAAAGACAGGGUGGAGUACCCGGAACAAAAGAAGUGAAAAGAGAAGCCAUACACCGUGUCAGGAAACGACAAGCCAAACGACGUCACUUCCCCAUCAAAUGA